AACAGAAAGGCACAGAGGUCCAAGGGACCCCUAAAAAAUGAGGAUCCUCUUUUUUUUUGCUGCUUUCUUCUGUUGUUUGGUCCAGAAAAGCUCAGAAGAUCUCCCGCCUGGAAUUAGAGACACUGUCUGCCUGAUGCAACAUGGGCAAUGCAGACUUUUUUUCUGCCAUUUUGGCGAGAGAAAGAGUGACAUUUGCUCUGAUCCCUGGAAUCGAUGCUGUGUCCCCUACAUGAGUGAAGAAGGAAACAGAUUUCCGUACCAGGCAUGA